AUGACAAUAUCCUCAAUGACCAAUGCCUCCCCGAACACCACUCUGGAUGACGAAACGGCAAACGAGGGUCAAGACAGUGCCUUCAUUCGUGAUACAAUUCAUAUACCCUCGAACGAGUCUCUACCACAUGACGAAGAUCGCGUUCAGCGCUCAGUAAUCAAAGGGAUCGAACAUCUCGAUACGCCAACCAGUACGAACGACAACACUAUCUCGACAGACCUGGAUCAAAAUGGAAGUCAGGAGGCGGAACAGUUGUACAUACAAGUGAUGGAGACCAGUUUGAAGGUGUUAGGAGCCGAGCAUGUCUCGACGCUCACUAUCAUGGCCCACCUGGCGUCGACAUACAGGAGUCAAAGGCGGUGGAAAGAAGCGGAAGAGCUGGACGCGAGACUAUUGGAGGCCAGAAUGAGGGUGCUCGGUGCGGAGGGUCUCUGA